UUUAGUGAAACCGAGGAUCUAAUAGUGAUAAUAAACCGAGCCAGAGACUUAGUAGGACCUAUACCUAACUCUGUUGUCGAUACUUAUAUCAAAGUAUUCCUUCUUCCUGACAGAUCUACAAACAUGCAAACAAGGGUUCAGCGCAAGACCAAUAACCCACUCUUCAAAGAAAGGUUCCUUUUUGGGGUGGAUGAAGCGGAUCUUCCUCAAAGGUCGUUAUUGUGCACUGUGUAUACUUGUGACAAGUACACAAAUUCCAUGAUGGGAGAGUGCGAAGUCAAAUUAUCUGAUCUUGACCUAGCGCAGCCUUAUCUAGGAUGGUUCCCAAUUAUCGACUCAAAUCAGGGUCCUGCAGAACUAGGCGACAUUAUGUUUUCUUUGAGUUACUUACCUACCGCUGAACGCCUAACUGUAGUCAUUGUCAAAGGAAGAAAUCUGCGAUGGAAAAAGACACCCAAUUUAUCAGAAUUCAACCCCUUUGUAAAAGUUUACCUCCUACAGAAUGGCAAAAAAUUCGCGAAGAAGAAAACGUCUGUUAAAAAGAAUGAAAGGGAUCCAAAUUUCAAUGAAGCGAUGAUCUUUUCUGUGCCCUCACACGCCUUACAGAAUAUGCAACUACGAGUUACAGUCGCCGAUUUCCAAGGUUCUGGAAAAUCACCUGCCGUCGGUCAUGUAUUUGUGGGACCUUACUGCAAAGGAAAAUCCUUGUCCCAUUGGAACCAGAUGAUGUCUUCCUUGCGCAAGCCAGUAGCGAUGUGGCAUCCAUUGAGAAAGAUCUCUGACUUUUAAUUAGCGUACGAAAGAAAUUUUCCUAAAUUGUUAGUUGAUUUACAGCACAUAACACGUUACCAUAGAAUGUCUGAUAAAAGAUUUCAUUGCGUCUAAA